AUGGCAGGCCUGUCUCCUUACUCGAAGAAGCACAAGGUGACGGUGAUAGGGUCGGGGAACUGGGGCUCCUCGAUCUCUAAGAUGGUCGCCGAAAAUACGGCUGCUCACCCGGAGCUGUUCGAGAAGGAGGUGAACAUGUGGGUGUAUGAGGAGAAGAUCGAGAUCCCAAAGUCCUCGAAGCAUUAUAGGGAAUCCUCACCUCUCUGCAAAGGCGAACAGAACUUGACGGAAAUCAUAAACCAGCUUCACGAGAACAUCAAGUACCUGCCAGACAUUACUCUGCCAGAUAACCUGCGCGCCAACCCUUCCCUCGUCGACUCAGUCAAGGACUCGUCGAUAUUGGUCUUCAAUCUGCCCCAUCAAUUCAUCAGUGGUGUCUGCAAGAGCCUCAAGGGCCAUAUUCUCCCCUAUGCCCGUGGAAUAUCCUGCAUAAAGGGUGUGCAUGUCGAUGAGGAAGGGGUCAGUUUAUUCUCUGAGACCAUUGGCAAGCAGCUGGGGAUCUACUGUGGUGCCUUGUCCGGAGCCAACAUUGCCUCUGAGGUCGCAAAGGAACUCUACUCUGAGACCACAGUCGCAUACGAUCCCCCACAUAUGGAUUCCAAGGCACCCACGCCACAGACGGGGUCACCAUCCUCUUCUGCCGUGAAUCUCUCCGAGUUUAAGCACAAGGAUAGCUCAGGCAACCUUUCCAAAGUCAAGCUACGACCAAUGCCCUCUGAAUUUCCACCAGUUGAUCACUCUCUUCUGAAAACUCUUUUCCACCGGCCAUACUUCCAUGUUCGUGUUGUUGACGACGUUGCCGGCGUUUCCCUUGGUGGUGCAUUGAAGAACAUCGUCGCUCUCGCGGCCGGAUAUGUCGAUGGUCUCGGCUGGGGUGACAAUGCCAAAGCCGCGGUCAUGAGAGUCGGCCUUCUGGAGAUGGUGAAAUUCGGCACGACGUUCUUCAGCCACUCUGUCAACGCUGAGACCUUCACAGUCGAAUCGGCUGGCGUUGCAGAUUUGAUUACCUCUUGCAGUGGAGGACGUAACUUCAGAUGCGCCAAGUACAGUGUUGAACGCAAGCUGCCGAUCGAAGAAGUCGAGAAGCAGGAGCUGAAUGGACAGAAACUACAGGGUACUCUAACGGCCGUAGAAGUCAACAACUUCCUUAAAAAACAGGGGCUAGAGGAUGAAUACCCUCUUUUCACUGCUGUGAAUAGUAUCUUGAAGGGCGAGGCCAAAGUGGAAGAUAUCCCCAGUCUCAUCGAGCCGAAAUAG